AGCGUCGGGCUUGAACGACAGAUGUCUUGAGGCAAUACUCACUGCCUGUCAUCGUGACAGGUAGACAGUGCACAGUGCCUGUUAUGCCCGCUCUGAGGAGAAAUAUUCUCUCCCGUUCUAUCGACUGAUCACUUCCGAUUGCCAUUCCGGUUGCAUAUACGACAUUCUCAAUGCCUGUCAUUAAUGCGCGGCCUGACACCGACCUGUUCAAGGUGGUCCGCCCUGCCGUUGAAGGAUUAGCGGACAAGUAUUUAAAUCACGAAUACCUGCUAUUCCUCCCUGGUGCUUCCCUCCAAUGCUGCGAAACUGUUCUUCCAGCUGGCAAUCCUGCUGCGAGGACCAUCCUAAAUCUACUCGGUGUUAUCGUCCUCGAUCCAUCAACUCUAUGUGGUAUAACAUGCACGCCGGUCUCUAUUGUGGGUACGGGCCCGGGCGACUGUCAAACCAAUCUCGUAUGCUGCGAUGAUGUUAGCCAUGGCGGUGUCAUCGAUAUUGGAUGUGCUCCCGUUCAUUUCAACUAGGAGUAGACAUUACGACAAGAACCGUCUAGUAAUGUGCGUAGGGAAUCGCAUCUGAAGGGAGUGGGAGCGACUUUUACAGAGAUAAAAGGAGUGUGUAGAUACAAUAUGUACAGUAAAGCAAAUGAACUCCAUCAAGGUGUGGUUCAGGAGAUAUGAAGAAAGUUCAUGUCAUGUU